UUUUUUGUCCCCCUUGAGUUCUGUGCUUUAAAAAAACACGGAAUAGAUGGUGGCAACAGGUUGGAGCAUCUUCAGCAGCUUUAAAGAGGUUGAUUUCUGUAAAGCCAUAAAAAAGACAAGUCUAGACGAUUAUAUUUUCUACUUUUACAGCUUUUUCUGGCAUGAAGCAACCAUAAUUUUAUGACCCAGAGGGAUCUUCGAGCACUCGAGGGAUCCCCAAGGAAGGCCGAGCCAUGCAGUAGGAGCCAGCACAUCCCAUGGGAAAGCUGGACCCGGUGGUGCCACGGGAGGGACGGGACAUGCGGAGCCUCGGCUGCCUCCUCCUCCUCUGGGGACUCCUCCUCAUCCUCAGCACCACCAGCACGGAGGGCUUUGCCCAGGCAGGCCGCAGGGUGUGCGCCGCGGGGCCCAGCGGCCGGAGCGCCCCGGCAGAGUCCCACGUCCAGCCCGAGUACCAGCCCUACCUCACCACCUGCCAGGGCCACCGCCUCUGCAGCACCUACAGGACCAUCUACAGGGUUGUCUACAGGCAGAGGCACCGGCAGCUGCCCGAGCCCACGGCCUCGUGCUGUCCUGGCUGGAGCAGAGCAAGCGGCCACACGCUGGGCUGUAACAGAGCUCUCUGCUGGGAGCCGUGCCAGAACGGUGGGAGCUGCGCCUUCCCCGGGAGAUGCUCCUGCCCCUCUGGCUGGACGGGGCGAGCCUGCCAGACAGACGUGGAUGAAUGUGCCAGCCAGAGCCACGGGUGCAGCCAGCUCUGCAUCAACACAGCCGGGAGCUUCCACUGCGCCUGCCGGGAUGGCUUUAGCCUUGCUGCCGAUGGCAAGGGCUGCCAGCCCCUGCUGCCAGCACCCGGGACUGACACCUCCAGCCAAGCAGGUCCCUCCAGUGAAAUGAAGGAAGAAAUGAAGGACCUGAGGAGCAGAGUGGAAGCGCUGGAGCAGAAGCUCCAGCUGGUGCUGGCCCCCUUCCACAACCUGAUGCCGCCAGAGGAUGUUGGUGCAGACCCCAUCAGCCGCCUGUCCCACUCCCUCCAGCAGCUGGACAGGAUUGACUCCCUGAGUGAGCAGAUCUCCUUCCUGGAGGAGAGGCUGGAGACCUGUUCCUGCAAGAAUGAACUCUAGCAGAAGGCCUGGGGACCUGGAGCAAGCUGAGUGCAUCCCAGCUCUCAUCUCCCUCUCCAGCCCCAGGCUGGGAAUGAAGGCACACCACCUACAGGGAGGCACAGGGUAGCAGGAGAAGGCUGGGCUCCCAUCAGCAUCUCCAUCGUUCUCUCUUCCAGCUCACCUCACCAAAGGUCACGCAGUUCCUUGCAAACUGGACUCUGAGCCCUCUCCCUGCUGGAGAGGCAGCAAAUAAAUGCCUUACCUCGUGCCACGAGUGCCUGGCUGUGCCAGA